AUGGCCUUCGGAAAGCUCUACGGUCUCCCUGACAACGGUCGUACCAUCGCCACCCUGGUCGCUGCCAAGCACAACGGCCUUGAGUUGGACUUGGUCAAGACCGAGGCGAACGGUGCUAAGGCUGGCGCUGAGUACCGCAAGAUCCAGCCCCUCGGCAAGAUCCCCGGCUUCGAGGGUGCCAACGGCUUCAACCUCUCCGAGGCUAUCGCCAUCGCCAUCUAUGUCACCUCCCAGAACGAGAAGACUACUCUGCUCGGCAAGACCAAGCAGGACUAUGCCUCCAUCGUGAGCUGGAUGUCCUUCGCCAACAGCGAGGUCCUCCCCAGCUUCGGUGCCUGGUACCGCCCCCUCCUCGGCCUCGAGCCCUACAACAAGAAGACCGUCGAUGAGGUCGCCAAGGUCGCUGUCUCCAAGAUGGCUGUCCUUGAGUCUCACUUGACCGCCAACACCUACCUCGUUGGCGAGCGUAUCACUCUCGCUGAUAUCUUCACUGCUUCCCUCCUGACCCGUGCCUUCGCCACCGUCCUGGACAAGAAGUUCCGUGAUGCCAACCCCGCUGUCACCCGCUGGUACAACACCAUUGUUAACCAGGCUGACUUCAAGGCCGUCUACGAGGCCAAGUUCACCGACGAGGUCAUCAAGUACACCGCCCCCAAGAAGGAGGAGAAGCCCAAGGCUGCUGCCCCCGCUGCUGCUGCCGCCGCUGAGGAGCCCGAGGCUGCCCCCGCCCCCAAGCCCAAGCACCCCCUUGAGGCCCUUGGCAAGCCCACCCUCAUCCUCGAUGAGUGGAAGCGCCAGUACUCCAACGAGGACACCCGCACCGUCGCCAUGCCCUGGUUCUGGGAGCACUACAAGCCCGAGGAGUACUCCCUCUGGAAGGUCGCCUACAAGUACAACGACGAGCUUAAGCUCACCUUCAUGGCCAACAACCUGAUCGGUGGCUUCCACGCCCGUCUUGAGGCUUCCCGCAAGUACCUCUUCGGUUGCCAGCACGUCUUCGGUGCCAACUACGCCUGCGUCAUCGAGGGUGUCUUCCUCGUCCGCGGCCAGGAGGCUGCCCCCGCCUUCGACGUCGCCCCCGACCAUGAGUCCUACAACUUCACCAAGCUCGACCCCACCUCCGAGGCUGACCGCAAGUACAUUGAGGACAUCUGGGCCUGGGACACCCCCCCUCACCGUCGACGGCAAGGUUCUCCCCUCCGCUGA